CCGGGAGAAGAAGCCUCUAGAAUGUUACGGAAUGUUGUGGCACGUUCGCAUGCUCUCUGUUUUGGAAUUAGUGACGUCAUCGAUCGCUCGCUGACAUUCUUUUGAGCAUUUGUUGACAGUGCAGACGCGCCUUAUGCACGUUGUCAGGAUAAGUCCAGGCCGCUGAUGGUUUUGUCUUGAAAUUUAAGUUUGUGGACGGGCACACAAAUAUCUCGGCCGCCACUGACUGUCAACAGAGCGUUUUGAACCUGCUGAGAGUGAAGACAGCAAGUGGAGUCUACUGCCAGAGGAGGUAGUAGUCAUGCUGUGUUGGGGAAAUGCCUCCUACGGCCAGCUUGGAUUGGGCGGGAUUGAUGAAGAGAUUGUUGUAGAACCACGAAGAUGUGAAUUCUUUAAUGGGAAGGUGUUGCGUGAUGUGGGAUGUGGGAGGAGACACACAGUCUUUCUGCUUGGAGAUGGUACAGUGUAUACAUGUGGCUGCAAUGAUCUGGGACAGCUGGGCCAUGAGAAGGCACGCAAGAAACCAGAGCAAGUUGUAGCACUUGAUGCUCAGAACAUUGUAGCGGUGUCUUGCGGUGAGGCCCAUACUCUUGCCCUAAAUGACAAAGGACAGGUGUUUGCAUGGGGUCAGGCAUCUGAUGGACAGCUUGGCCUUGGUAACAUAGAAGAAUGCAUUCGUGUGCCCAGAAACAUCAAGAGUCUGUCUGAGGUCCAUAUUGUUCAGGUCACCUGUGGAUAUCUGCAUUCUCUUGCUCUUUCUAAAAGAGGACAGAUCUUUUCCUGGGGACAAAAUAAAUAUGGGCAGCUAGGACUGGGAUUAGAGGGACCUGGUGUCUCGACCCCACAAGUCAUCCAGUCUUUACUGGGCAUCCCAUUUGCCCAAAUCUCUGCAGGUGGUGCCCACAGUUUCGGGCUCACUCUGUCAGGAGCCGUUUUCGGUUGGGGGCGAAACAAGUUUGGCCAGCUGGGCUUAAAUGAUAACAAAGAUCGAUGUUUUCCUUCCUUGCUGAAGACACUCAGGUCUCAAAGGGUUGUUUACAUAUGUUGUGGGGAGGAUCACACUGCAGCACUAACAAAGGAAGGAGGGGUAUUCACAUUUGGGGCUGGAGGAUAUGGCCAACUGGGACACAAUACCACAAACCAUGAGGUUAACCCCCGGAAGGUUUUUGAACUCAUGGGGAAUGUAGUUACACAAAUUGUGUGUGGUAGGCAACACACCUUAGCAUUUAUCCCAUCCUCUGGAAAGAUUGAUUCUUUUGGGCUUGGUGGAAAUGGUCAACUCGGCACACGGUCCACCUGCAACAGAAAGAGCCCUGCUCCUGUGAAAGGCCUAUGGAAAGCUCACAAUGACCCCACACCAAUAGAGGCAGAGAUUGAACAGCUCUACUGUGUGAAGAGGAUUUAUGCUGGAGGAGACCAGAGCUUCGCUCACUGUCAGUGCCCUCAGAAUGUUUCUCCUCCAGAUGAUCUCAGAAGGCACAACUGUGAUCAACAUGUCUUAACACUGAAAGAUGACCUCAUUCAGAAGUGGCUGAGCCAUGGUCAUGGAAGACUCUUACCAGAAAUGACAGACGAGAUUGAUCUUGUGUUCUCCUCAGCAAGUUGCCUCAAUGGCAGUUUUCUGUCUUCAAGUCAUCCAGAUCACUAUUGCACUAGCAGUAAAUGCUCAGGGGUGGAUGCGAACAUGGCUCGUGUCCUAUUCCAUAGGCUCAUCCAGCCUGAUUAUCCACAUAUCUCGCAGCAAGUUGCUGCCAGUUUGGAGAAGAACUUGAUCCCCAACCUCAGUAGUUCUCCUCCAGAUAUAGAAGCACUGAGACUCUACCUCACGCUUCCCCAGUGCCCUCUUUUUAGUAACCCCAACACUUACAUCACUCUUGCCAUCCCCUUUGCUAAGGCAGUUAUCAGCCUAAAGGAUGCUCCCCUCAAGGUGCUUGGAAAUUGGUGGUCUCAGAUUGAACCAGCAGUCUUCCAAGGGCUUGUGGAGUUGUAUAAAGAGGUGGUUGUUUAUUUGCUCCGUAUGCAAAAGGUCGGAAUUCCACCAUCUGAGCAUAGGAUAUUUACCUGUUUCCUUAGCACCUGCCUCAAAUUUCUGGACAUCCUGCAUUCAGUGAAUGAACGAGCUGGCCAGAUCAUACAGUAUGACAAAUUUUAUGUACAUGAGCUGGAAGAGCUGGUUGACAUCAGGAGUGAUUAUGUUACUUGGAUUCAGCAGCAGAUGUUCUCCAUGGUCAUGGAUUCUCAGGUCAUCCUGUGCAAAUACCCAUUUAUAUUUGAUGCCCAAGCAAAGACCACACUGCUCCAGACUGAUGCUGUUAUCCAGAUGCAGAUGGCUGUGGAUCAGGCACAAAGACAGAACUUCAGCUCUUUAUUCCUGUCUGGAGGAGCAGCGGAGUCAGUUAACCCCUGCCUCAUUCUCAUUGUGCGAAGAGAAAAUGUUGUUGGUGACACCAUGGAGGUCCUGAGGAAGUCCAAAAAUGUUGAUUAUAAGAAGCCUCUAAAGGUGAUCUUUGUUGGAGAGGAGGCUGUGGAUGCUGGAGGAGUGCGGAAAGAAUUCUUCCUCCUCAUUAUGAAAGAACUGCUGGACCCCAAAUAUGGCAUGUUUAGGUACUACGAGGAGUCCAGGCUCAUCUGGUUUGCAGACAAGACAUUUGAAGAUGUUGACUUAUUCCACCUCAUUGGAGUCAUUUGUGGAUUGGCCAUUUAUAACCUGACUAUAGUGGAACUGCACUUUCCUGUGGCCUUGUACAAGAAGCUCCUAAAGAAAAAACCCACAUUGGAGGACCUAAAGGAGCUCAUGCCUGAUGUUGGCAGAAGUCUACAACAAUUGCUGGACUACACUGAAGAUGACGUUGAGGAUACAUUCUGCUUGAACUUCACAAUUACAGUGGAAAAUUUUGGCGCUACUGAGGUUUUGGAGCUGAUUCCUAAUGGAAUGGACAUCAGUGUAAACAAUCAAAACAGGCAAGACUUUGUAGAUGCUUAUGUUGACUACAUCUUCAACACAUCUGUGGCCCCGCUUUUCAACGCCUUUUAUGCUGGAUUUCAUAAAGUAUGUGGAGGAAAAGUUCUAGAGCUUUUUCAGCCAAAUGAACUACAGGCAAUGGUAAUAGGGAACACAUACUAUGACUGGAAGGAGCUAGAAAAGAGUGCUGAGUACAAGGGUGAAUACUGGGCUGAACAUCCCACCAUCAAACUAUUCUGGGAAGUUUUCCAUAAGUUACCUUUGGAGAAGAAGAAGCAAUUCCUUCUGUUCCUUACAGGCAGCGAUCGGAUCCCCAUUCUGGGAAUGAAGAGUCUUGGGUUGGUCAUCCAGCCCACUGGUGGUGGAGAGCACUAUCUUCCAGUGGCUCACACCUGCUUCAAUCUGCUGGACCUGCCCAAGUACAGCAGCCGUGAGGUCCUCCGGGAGAAACUUCUCCAGGCCAUUGAACACAACCAGGGCUUCAACCUUGCCUGAGAAAAGUCUGCAGGAACCUUCAUUAUUAUUUGGGACUUCCAGCUAUAAGGGUCUGCUAAUUUGCAGUACUGAAUAGCUCUCAUUAAUGUUUCUGUAUUUUAUUCAGUCAUUAGGCUUUUUGACGAUACCUUGAAAAAAAAGAGAAGAACAGGUUCCCAACAUACUCCUUGGUAGUGUCAGACAAAGAGGGGAAAAUUAGCAUUUUUUUUUCAUGCUAAGGUAAAAAUCCAUAGAUAAAUUGGCUUUUACUGAACUCUAAAUAUUCUCUGCCUGAUACGGUAUAAGACUGAUUUCUUUAUAUAUUAUGGAAAUAGUUUGUUUAUUGAUUUGAUGGAUAAAUAAGUAUUGUUACUGAAUGAUAUAAGCAUUUUCACAUUUAAACUUGCAGCUUUGAUGUGAUUAUUGAUAGAAUGUUUGAUUCUUGGGGCAAUGUCUUAACAAAUAAAACAGCUUUUUGAGA